GCCUUCUUUGCAUUAGCAAUGGUCCACCCUGGUAUGGAAUUUCCGGACGACGUCGCUCCGAGCGAAGAAUUGCUGCAACUGCGACCGUAUUUCAAGUUGGUGGUUUAUGGCCUUGCUGUAAUCUUUGCAGUGGAAGUCCUGUGUGGAAUGUACAGUGCAGCAUUGAUCGACCUGGCCACACUGCUGCCCGCCAGCAUAUUGCUAAAACAGGAUGUGGGACAGCUGGUGCGGAACUUGGUGCCCGUGUCCAUGUUGUCUUCCCUGAACCUCGUUUGGCAGGUGGUGAUGCUCCUCGGCCUUUUGUCGAAACCCCCGGGACCUGGAAACUUCUUCAAGCUGGAGUGUAAAGUUGCAGAUCCCGAGCAUCCCACGGAAUCACACUAUGUGAACCUGUGUAGCGCCUCGACGUUGGUGGGCCACAUGGCUGUUUGCAGCAGCGUUGUCCUACAGCUGCUCUGCGCCAGAGUGGCGUGGAGAAUGGCCAAAUCCAUGCGCCAGGCGCUAUGGACCUCGGCUUUGCUGAAUGUGGAGCUACCAGCACAUCGGGUCCGACAGGCCCCAUCCUCAGAGAUGCAAGGCUUUACGCCCUACGCGGGUCCAGCAUACCAUCUGGGCGAUUGACGAGGCCAGACUCGCCUUCAUCGAUCCCAUAUCGGUCAAUGAGAAGGUCGGAUGUCUCAAAUUUGGACUCGUGGACCAUGGCCUGGAAGUGAUCUGCU